CUCACCUCACCCGUCGUCGUUCAUGUUGACAUCGCCAAUCCUUGCCGACAUUGCGGAACACUAGCGUCCACGGAACGAUUACGCAACCAUUAUAUCUCUUCCAUCGAUACUCCAUCAUGAGCGGGACAAGCCUGACGUCCGCCACGGCGUUCUCGCCUUCGCUGGAGGCCAUCAAGCUGGCCGCCAGCAUGUACAACGCCGCCCGCGAGGGCAACAAGACCGUCCUUGAGGAGGCUAUCCUCGAUGGCCUACCGCCCAACCUGACGAACGAAAAGGGGGACACCUUGCUGAUGUUGGCGGCCUACUACGGCCACGCGGACCUGGUCAAGCUCCUGAUACAGCACGGGGCAGACCCCAACAGACUGAACGAUAAGCGUCAGAGUCCUCUCGCAGGCGCCGUCUUCAAGGGCUUAGAUCCUGUGAUUGAGGUCCUUCUGGAAGGCGGUGCUGACCCGGAGUACGGCACGCCGUCGGCGAUCCAGUGUCUUUCCAUGUUCAAGCAAGAGGGCAAGUGGGCCGAGAAGUUCGAGUCGGCGCCCGGGCGAGGAAAGGCGAAGGCUGUUCCCCAGGACGAGAGCGAGGAGAGGGCACCCGAGAGGUUCAAGGCGUGAGCGAUGCUCAGCGAGGCGCCGGCGUCCACCGGCGGUUCUUUACCGUGCCCAGGACACUUGUCAGGAGUCCAUUUUUCAUUUUUGUUUUCUUUUGAAUGCAUUUAGCGCUCAUCGUCUCAGCUGAGAGCUGGUCGGAAGAAAGUUGUUCGAGUCACCUCGAGAGUCCGAAAACGUUUAUCCCACAUCCCAGGAUGAGUAGAUCUCCAACAGAUUGAAAGACAUCCAAAGGUCUAGAGAGAUUCGCAAGAAUCAGAACAUCGUUCACUUUUCAGCGUAAUCGUCCUAAACCACAUCGAUCCCGGCUCAGCAGCAUAUGAAUGGAUAAGAGGAGUAUAGGAGAAGCUAGAUCGCCCCAAUGGCCUCCAUGUUCUACAAUGUCACGAUGUAGCUGUUCAUUGAGAAUGAGAAGAUACAAUAGUCUGGCACUUGCUCGCU